AUGCUUUCGAGGGUAGCACGCCCGGCUCUGAGAGCUGGAGCUGCGGCUAUUCCUGCUCGCGUCACCAACAAUGCCGCCGGCUACGCCACUCUUCGUGAAAUCGAGGGCCGUCUCAAGUCCAUUCGCAACAUUGAGAAGAUCACCAAGACCAUGAAGAUUGUCGCCUCCACCAAGCUCACCCGCGCCCAGCGUGCCAUGGCCGAUGCCUCCAAGUACGGUCAGACCUCGGGUGAGGUCUUUGAGUCUGCCGAGACCAAGCCUCUCGAGGCCGAGGGCAAGAAGACUCUCUACAUUGUCUGCAGCUCCGACAAGGGUCUCUGCGGUGGUGUUCACUCUGGUCUUUCGCGUUACAUUCGCCGCACUCUCGGCCCCGGCCAGCCCGAAGCCGACCUGGUCCUCAUUGGCGAAAAGGCUCGAUCUCAGCUCACCCGUACCAACAGCAGCGACAUUGUUCUGAGCUUUGCUGGUGUUGGCAAGGACGUUCCCACCUUUGCCGACGCCCAGGCCAUUGCCGACCAGAUCACCCAGCUCCCCGGUGACUACUCCGACAUUAAGAUCCUCUACAACAAGUUCAUCAACGCCACCAGCUACGAGCCCUCUGUUGUCCCGGCCUACUCUGAGGAGGCCAUCCUCGCUUCCGCCAACUUUUCUGCUUUCGAGGUUGACGAGGCUCUUGUCGGUAACCUGCGGGAAUAUGCUCUGGCCAACUCUCUGUACUGGGCUCUUGCCGAGGGACACGCUUGCGAGAUCUCUGCCCGAAGAAACGCCAUGGAUAACGCCUCCAAGAACGCCGGUGAGAUGAUCAACAAGUACCAGAUUCUCUUCAACCGAACACGUCAAGCCGUCAUUACCGGAGAGCUGGUCGAAAUUAUCACUGGUGCCACCGCCUCCGAGGACAUGUAA